ACGCAGGCCCCGCCCCCAACCUAUUCACAAGAAACACUGAAGUCACAUUGUAGUUUAGUUGACUCCACGUUGAGCCUCAAACACAACCCGGCAGCAUCUGUAGGAAGGAAGUCUAGCUCUGUAUCUCCUCUCUGAACUCUGUGAGCUCCACCAUGACGUUCAGGAGGCUGAAGAAGGUGAACUCAAGUGGGCCAGACACCACUGGACCCGCAUCUCAAGACAACGACAUUUAUUUCCCCUCUUCAAAGUCAGACAGCUGCAGGACCAGAGACUUACCGCCACAGUCCUCUGAGGUGUACAACUACAAGACCCUGGCUUACUCUGGAGGCACUCUGCCCAGGAACUUUAAGAAGGGCGGUGGGCUGCAGAAGUGGAAACCCCUCACACAGACGCCUGAACCACUAAGGAAGGUGGUGGUCCUGGAAAAGAAAGAAGAGGAGUCGUUUGGUUUCGAGAUCCAGACGUACGGCCUGCACCAUCAGGACCAGAACUCAGUGGAGAUGUGCACGUUUGUGUGUAAAGUGCACGAGGACAGCCCAGCGCAGGAAGCAGGACUUAAAGUUGGGGACACCAUCGCAAGUGUGAACGAGGCCACAGUGGAUGGAUUCAGGCACAAGGAGAUCGUUCAGCUCAUCAGGGCCUGCGGGAACACUCUCAGACUGGAGACGGUUUACAGCGACUCCAUCCGUAAAGCAGAGCUGGAAGCACGGCUGCAGUAUCUGAAGCAAACUCUUCAUGAGAAGUGGGAUGAAUAUCGGUCGCUGAUGGUGCAGGAGCAGAGGCUCGUUCAUGGCAUAGUGAUGAGUGAUGCUGCAGUCUACGAGUCUCUGGAGUCAGCAGGUGUCUACGGCAGCCUCGGCACCCCGAGCCCCGCCGCCCAGCGAGCCAUCCGCUGCACCGGCAGCACCAGCAGCAGCGCCAGCUUCCUCAGCACGGCCACCGAGGAUGACCCGCUCUACCAGACCUGCCUGUACCAGACAGACGGCUGCGUGGACUCGGAGAAAAUCAGCACAGAGAAAAAGAAAGAGCAGAGGCCAAAUCGUCUCCGACCGGCCAGCGAGCUCUUCACGACAGCCAAGACGCAGCUGACCCGCAGCGCCAGCACUCGCAGCUACAUGAAGGGAUCGUCGUCAUCGUCGUCCAACUCGGGGGAGAAGCAGGGAGGGUUCAACUCCCUGCAGAGGAAACCCAAACCGAAAAGCUUCCGCAGACGUCUCCUUAAGUUCAUCCCGGGAUUGAACAAACCGCUGGAGGAGGAGGAGAGCAAACUGUGAGCAGCACUAAGCUCUAAAGACUUAAAUCACCAGUGACUGUAAAAGACUUAAACGCCAAAGAAAAAUGUGCAAGCAGCCCCAAAGAGUGAAGAGACCAAAGCGUAAUGGAGCCCUCAAAGCUGUACAUAACUUUAGUUUCCAUUUGUUAUGUUGUUUAAAUUAUUUAUUUAUUACAAAAUGUCUUUGGCUAAUGUUCAAAGUGAAGGAUUUUUCUGUUUUUACUGCAUGCACCAACUUUAGUUUUGACCCGUUAUGACAUUUUGUAAGAGACCAGUUUGAUAAAGGACUCAGUUUGAUCCUGUUUUUAUUUUUACUGCUUUCGUCACAGUUCUUAAAAAUAAAAUAUGUCAUUUUAAAACUA